UCGAUAGCUUAUGAAGUGCGCACAAUACGCAACUUACGACGUAGAAAAAAGAGACGAUUUAUAUUCGCGCAAUUUGCUCAGUUCAUCAGAAGUAAACGCACGCUUGAUUUUCCGAUACUGUAUACAUUACAAACAUGUCUGACGACAAAAAGAAUCAACCUGGUGUAUUGGAAAAUGUUUCGGAGAAACUUCAGGAUGUUGGUCAUACCGUGAAAGAAAAGUUAGAUGCUGCAGGAAAUGUGAUUACGGAGAAAUGGAACGAACAUAUGCAUCCGGAAGAACAAGAAAAAUCAAAGACUGAAGAAAUUAAGGAAACAGUAAAAGAAAAAUUUGACGACGCUGGGAACAAAAUCUCUGAGGAAUGGAACAAAAGAGUGCACCCUGAGGAGGAAAAGAAAUCCACUGUAGAUGAGGUCAAAGACACAGUCAAGGAGAAAGUAGAGGAUGCAAAGGAGAAGGUUUCAGACAUGGUGGGAUCAAAUGAAAAGAAGUAGAAGAGAAGGAACGCACAGAAGAGGAUCUGCCACAGUUAGUUCUUCAAGAAAGAAGUGUACAAUCAGGGACACUAUUUGCUUUCUGUUUUUUAGGAAGUAAAAAUUCUCAUUUUUUCCCGUGAUAUUUCUCUACAUCCGGUUCUUUGUGUGUCUGUUGUUGUAUCUUAGAUAUUGCGUGAAUGUGAAUUAAGUUACAUCUAUAGAUACGCUUUAUGUUAUUGAAAGUAUACUUGCUAUUGUAUAAGAAUACAAAUGAUGAAUAAAGACAUUGAAGUC